GCUGCGGUGCUAAGUGCUAAGUGUUAAGUGUUAAGUUCUCAGUGCUCCGAAUUUGUUGCGGGAGCAUGCAACCGCAAUGAGCAACAGUUGUAGGCUCUUCUGUUUUGGAUGUGGGUAUUUAGUCGUAUUGAGUCGUCGAGCAAUGUUAACGUUUGGAAUAUUUACGCGCGCAUUUCAAUAAUAAUUUGAACAAAUAUUGUGCAUCAUCAAUAUAAAAAAUAUAAAAAAUAUAAAAAAUAAUAAAAAAAGUUUAAAGGCAAAAUAUAUAGAUAAAUUUGUACAUAUGUAGAUAGAUACAUACUUGUAUACUCGUAAAUAAUAAAGUGAAUUAUUCCAUUUAUGAAUUGUGCUUAUGUAGAGGUGGCAGAAAAUAGCGAAUAGCAAAUAGCGAAUACCGAAUAGCAGAUAGCAGAUAUUGUAGUGAUUGAAUGCGCAACAUAUGAGCCUUAACAACGAACUUAAGUAAAACGAACGACUCUAUUGCAAUAUUUCGAACCAAAAGAUUUAGUUUCACAUUUUGAUUUUACGCUCCAGAAAAGUGCCUGUUAAAAAAUUUUCUAUUAUAUUUCUAAAACAAAAAAGUUACAAAAAUAAAAAUGUCUACGCUUUCAUUGCGUAUAAGUCUCGAGGGUGGACGUGUAACAAAAACCAUACAAUUUCAUCCGAAUACCACAGUCUUUGAUGCUUGUAAAAUUAUCAGAGAUAAAUUUGCUGAUGCUGUGCAGGGUCAACCUAGCGAAUAUGGACUUUUUAUGUCGGAUGAACAAAAUCAGCAAGGUGUUUGGUUGGAAUCUGGCCGUACCCUAGGCUAUUACAUACUCCACAAUCAGGAUACUUUGGAGUAUCGUCGAAAACUGCGCACAUUACGAGUGCGUAUGUUGGAUGGUGCUGUAAAGACAAUACUUGUGGAUGAUUCUCAACCAGUAUCUCAACUUAUGGUUGUGAUUUGUACAAAAAUUGGUAUUACCAACCAUGAAGAAUAUGGUAUGGUACGUGAAGAUACUGAAUCACAAAAUGAAAAUCUGCCAGAUAAUAAAUUUGGUACAUUAACGUUACGUAGAAAGUUUACCGAAAAGGAUCGUGAUGCUAAAAUGGAAAGUUUGCGCAAAAAAUUAAAAACCGAUGAUGAAAUCAAUUGGGUUGAUGUUGGGAAAACUUUACGUGAGCAAGGUAUUGAUGAAUCCGAACCGGUACUUUUACGCCGACGUUUCUUUUUUUCUGAUCAAAACAUUGAUUCUCGUGAUCCAGUGCAAUUAAAUUUAUUAUAUGUUCAGGCCAGAGAUGCGAUACUUGAUGGCACUCAUCCAGUUACACAAGAUAAAGCGUGUGAGUUUGCUGGCAUACAAGUACACAUACAAUUUGGUCCACACAAUGAAACUAAACAUAAGCCAGGAUUUUUGGACCUCAAAGAUUUCUUACCACAGUCUUAUGUGCGUGUAAAAAAUAUAGAAAAAAAAGUUUUUGCCGAACAUAAAAAACAUGCGGAAUUAUCCGAAAUCGACGCCAAAGUAUUAUAUACAAAAACAGCUCGUGAAUUACCCACGUACGGUGUGACCUUCUUUUUGGUCAAGGAAAAAAUGAAUGGCAAAAAUAAAUUAGUGCCACGUCUAUUGGGUGUAACAAAGGAUUCUGUGUUACGUUUAGAUGAACGAACAAAGGAAAUUUUGGUAUCAUGGCCUUUGACAACAGUGCGUCGUUGGGGUGCAUCGCCCAAUACUUUUACACUCGAUUUCGGCGAUUAUGCAAAUCAAUAUUAUUCGGUGCAAACAACAGAAGCUGAACAAAUCGUACAACUUAUUGCUGGCUAUAUCGAUAUCAUUCUAAAGAAGAAACAAACAAAAGACCACUUUGGCAUAGAGGGAGAUGAAGGUUCUACUAUGGUAGAAGAAUCUGUUGCGCCUUCGAAAGCUACAUUUUUGCAACAUGAAACAAAUAAAAUUGGUAAAAUCAACACUGAAUCAUUGGCACAUCCGGGUGUUAUGCGUGCAAAUGAUGGUGAAAAAACCUAUACCCAAGGCGAAUUGCAAACAGUUCAAUAUGGCGCAUUUGUUGGGCAAGUUAACCACGCCCAUCAGCCGCCAACGUCUAAAGAAGUACGUAUUAGUCAUGUGAAUCUUACUGAGCCACAACGAGCUUUGUUGGGAUAUAUAUCGGCAGGUCAAGACGUAUUAAUGCGUGCAGAUGAAGAGUUAAGAACUAAAGCUCCUAUACAAGAACUUGGCACUGAUAUGCGUUCGAUAGAAUGGCGUGAAAAUACUUUGGACACAUCCAAGCAAGCUGUUACUAGUCAUGUGGCUACAAUGAGUGCUGCAACAGCGCAAAUAAUAACAGCUACGCAACCAGAUGAGGUUGAUACGGAAGCCAUAACAGCGUCGGUUUCACAAAUUGCCCAAACAAUCCCAGAAGUAACCAAGGAAGUACGUUUAAUAGCCGCUUUGAUGGAAGAUAGCAAUAAUGGUGAUAAAUUAUUGGAAGCAGCACGAAAUUUGUGCAAUGCAUUUAGUGAUCUGCUUAAAGCUGCUGAACCAGAAAGCAAAGAACCACCACAAAAUCUAAUUAACGCCGCAAGUCGUGUUGGUGAAGCUACUACACAUGUAUUAAGUACCAUUGCUGAAGAAGAAGUACCUGAAAAUAGUGAUUUACAAGACAUGUUGCUUGCCUUGGCCAAAGCCGUAGCUAAUACAACUGCUGCUCUAGUACUACGUGCCAAAUCUAUAGCUGCAAGCUGUGAGGAUGAAGAGUCACGUAAUCGUGUGAUUGGCGCAGCGAGUCAAUGUGCCUUGGCUACAAGCCAAUUAGUUGCUUGUGCCAAGGUAGUAGCUCCCACUUUACAUAACGCUGCUUGUCGAGAGCAAUUGGAAGGAGCUGCUCGUAAUGUCGCACGUGCUGUGAACAGUUUAUGUGAAGUUUGCAAUGACGCCACAAAUGAUCCUAAGCUUAAAAAUGAUUUACUUGCUGCUGCGCGUGAGGUAUCUAAAAGUCUUACCGAUAUGUUAGAUCAUGUUAAGCUAAGUUCAAGAGAAUAUGCUAAUCGUACUAGCCAAGAAAUGAAUCCGAUGGAAAAUGUUAUUAUUGGUACCGAUAUAUUGGUUUCUUCGAAUGAUCCACAAGAAAUGGUACGUCAUGCUAAAACUUUGGGUCAAGCUACUGCUCAACUAAUUCAGAGUAUAAAAGGUGAAGCAGAUCAACAACAGGAUGCAGAUCAGCAGCGUCGUCUAUUGUCUGCAGCUAAACAACUUGCAGAUGCCACAGCUAAACUAGUUGAAGCCGCUCGGCUUUGCUCCAGUAAUCCACAUGAUUCUGAAAAUCAAAAUGCUUUGCGACGCGCAGCAGAAGAAUUGCGUGAAAUCACAACAACAACAGCUAUUACUCCAGCUAUGAAACGUAAUCUCAUUAAUCGUUUGGAGUACUGGUCAAUGCAAUCUGCCUCUGCUGCAACACAAUGUAUAACUGCUGCACAAAAUGCAGCACAACAUAGUGAUGAUCAUCAAACAAAAGAAUGUUUAUUACAAGAUUGCAAACGAGUUGCGGAGUCUAUACCUCGUUUAGUAACAUCUGUAAAAACAACACGCUCAAAUCCUGAUGAUCCGAACGCCCAAUUAAAUUUAAUUGAAGCUGCAGAACAAUUUAUUGAGCCCGCUAUACAAGUUUCGCGUUCAGCACGUGCUUUGCAACCUACCGUCACAGAUAUUCCUGCCGCUACACAACUUUCUAAAACAGCAUUAAAUUUGGGCCGUACAGUUUCAGAUCUUAAUUCAGCAGCGCAACGUGCACGUGAAGCGUGUGGUGGCCAAGAGCUGGAAUCAGCUCUGGAAGCUGUACGUAAUUUGCACAAUGUACUUGACGAUACGCGUCAGGCUGCACAAUCUGGAACAUUACGACCAUUACCAGGUGAGAAUGUAGAGAAUACUGCACAACAAUUGCGAAAAUCAGCCAAAAAUGUCGGAAUUGCAUUGAGUCAAAUGUUGUCAUCAGUUUUGCAAGGUCAACGUAUGUAUGCAGGAGUAGCUGGACGUGACACGGCGCUUGCCCUUGGUGAUUUUACAAAAAGUGUGCAUGGUGUAGCAGCAACUACAAAAAAUCCUGCUGUUAUUGACUGCGCAGAUGAAGUUGUAAUGAGCUCAGCGCGAUUAAUUGAAGAAGCUCAACGUACAUUACAAAAUGUUGGAGAUACGAAUGAACUAACUCAAGCUGGUCGAGAUGUUACAGCUGCACUUUCAAAAACUGUAGAUUGUAUUCCCGGACAACGCGAAGUAGAUACAGCUUUACGCAAUGUAAGUGAGUUAAGUGAAAUAUUGUCAAUGAGCGAAUUUCCACCAUCACAUCGAAAUUACAAUAUAUUGCAAAAUGAAUUGAAACAAGUUGCUGAGAGUCUUAACACUGCCGGUGGACAAAUAGUUCAUGCCUAUUCGAGUCCUGCACAGUUAGCAGAGACUAGUCAAAACUUUGCUGCGAACUAUAGAGAUUUACUUUCAGUGUCAAUGGAGAUGGCUGGACAAACACAGGAUGAGGUAGUACGUUCUCAAAUGAUAGAUUGUUUACGUAAUGUUUCUAGACAAUCUUGUUCAUUACUUUCCACUGCUAAAUCUAUUGCCGCUGAUCCUGGUCAACCAAAUGCUAAGAAUCAGCUCCAUGCUGCGGCACGUAAUGUAACUGAAAGCAUCAAUCAGCUCGUAGAUGCUAGCAUUCAGUCUGCUCCGGGGCAAAAAGAGUGCGAUAAUGCCAUGCGAAAUAUUGAAUCACUGCGUGUUAUGCUCGACUAUCCUCAUGAACCUAUUAGUGAUCAAGGUUACUUUGAUUGCGUUGAGACAGCUACUGGUAAAUCAAGAAAUUUAGGAUAUGCAAUUUCUGAAAUGAUUAAUAACGCUAAACAAUCAAACCAUGAGGAAUUUGGGCGGUCUGUAAACAAUGUUUCAGGAUCUAUACAUGGUUUAAUUGAAUCAUCAGCACAAGCAGCUUAUCUAAUUGGUGUCUCGCAUCCAAGUAGUGUUGCUGGUCGACCAGGUAUAAUCGACCAAGCUCAGUUGACUUGGGCAUAUCAAGGUAUUCGUUCACAUUGCGAAGAAGUUAGCAAUCCGAAAUCCUCAAAACCUCAAAAAAUUGCCGCACUUACAGUAAUAGCUAAACACACAAGUUAUUUGUGUUCUAUUUGUCGUCAAGCUAGUAUGAACACCAAUAAUCCUGUGGCUAAGAAUGAGUUUAUCGUGCUAGCUAAACAAGUAGCUACUGCCACAUCAAAUCUUGUGCAAGAAAUCAAAGGUAUAGAAGAUGAUCCAAAUUCAGCGUCAAGACCACGUUUAGUAGAGCCAUUGCUAGAUGCUGUAAAGGCUGUACGCCAAUAUGCAUCCAGUCCAGAAUUCAUAUCCGUUCCAGCUAAAAUUUCUGCUGAAGGUCGAAAAGCACAGGAACCUGUAAUAAAUGCUGGACGAGGUGUAAUUGAUGGUGUAGUUGAAAUGGUAAAAGCUGCGAAAUCGCUUGCGCUCUCACCUGAUGAUCCUCCAGUAUGGCAACAACUUUCAAUGCACUCAACGCCAGUUUCUGAAUCUGUUAAAAGGUUAGUCGAUAAUAUACGUGAAAAGGCACCUGGCCAGGCACAAUGCGAGCAAGUUCUUCAUACAUUGGGAACCUGUACACGUGAAUUGGAUAGCUGUGCACUGGCUGUAAAUGCUCAGGGAUUGAGUCAACGUCGUGAUAAUAACUUGCAUGGUUUUAGUGGUCAAACACUUAAUUCGGCUGCAGAAUUAAUAGAUAAAUUGGAACCUAUACGUAUGGCAGGUAAAAAUAAUGCCGAGCAAUUGGGUCACGCGGUGGGAGAAAUUUCACGUUAUGUAGUACCUAUGGUUAAUGGUGCUAUAGGCGCAUGUACACAUAUUGUACAUUCUAAUCAACAAAUGAGUUUGAUUAAUCAAACGAAAUCUGUUGUUGAAAGUGCAACCCAAUUAGUACAAGCUGCCAAAGAUUCUGCUGGUAAUCCACGCGCUACGCAUGCGCAUCCAAGGUUAGAUGAAGCUAUUGAGAACACACGUGAGGCUAUACAAGAAUUAACACAAACUGUUGAAAAAAUUAAUGCUGAAACUGGUGUAGUAACCGGACUAAUGGAACAAGUAAAUCGCGCUAUUACACGUCUAACUGAUAAACGUCAAUCAUUAUUGAAUGCCUCUUAUUCGGAUUCCUUUGUUGACUAUCAAACACGUAUGGUGCAAAGAGCAAAGGAAAUAGCCCGUUUAGCUAACGAAAUGAAUUCUAAAUCAAGCAUUGAACCACAAAAGCUACCGGAACUAUCAGUUGAUAUGGCACAACAAUAUACACAAAUCACCCAAGAUUCUGUUGGUGCUUCGACAACAACAACUUCACCAGAUGUUGCUAUGCGGAUUCGUAAUACUGUCAUUGAUUUAGGACGUUCGGUUGGUUCGAUGAUACAAUCAACCGCCGCUGGCACACGACCAGAUGAUAUGACAGCACAAAAUGAAAUUUCACGCAAUGCACGCGAAGUAUCCGAAAAAGUUGCACAAGUUUUAGCUGCUCUACAAGCAGGUUCACGUGGUACACAAGCUUGCAUUAAUGCAGCACAUACUGUUUCCGGCAUUAUUGGCGAUUUAGACACUACCAUAAUGUUUGCAACUGCAGGUACUCUACAUUCAGAUGGCGAUGGUACUUUUGCUGAUCAUCGUGAACAUAUUUUGCAAACUGCAAAAGCGUUAGUUGAAGAUACUAAAAUAUUGGUAACUGGUGCUGCUGGCACACAGGAUCAAUUAGCAUCUGCUGCACAAAAUGCUGUGUCUACAAUUUUACAACUUGCUGAAGCUGUUAAACGAGGCGCCUGUUCUUUAGGUUCUGCACAACCUGACUCACAAGUUAUGGUCAUUAAUGCUGUAAAAGACGUGGCAUCAGCUUUGGGUGAUCUUAUAAAUGCCACAAAAUUAGCUUCCGGUAAACCGAUACAUGAUCCAUCUAUGCAAGAUCUAAAAGAAAGUGCAAGGGUUAUGGUGCUUAACGUUUCUUCUUUACUGAAAACAGUAAAAGCAGUGGAGGACGAACACACAAGAGGUACACGUGCAAUGGAAGCUACCGUCGAAGCUAUAUCACAAGAAAUACGAGCAAUGCAUUCACCCCCACCACCUGGUAGCGCACAAGUCACACCUGAGGAUAUAAUACGUGUCACAAAGAAUGUCACAUUAGCGACAGCACGUGCUGUAGCUGCUGGUGCAUCUAAUUUACAGGCGGAUAUAGUUGCUGCAGCUAACAUAGGUAGACGUGCAAUAUCAGAAAUGUUAAUUGUGUGUCGUUCGGUUGCUUGGAACUGUGCAGAGACGGAAGAGCUUCGACAACGUACUCUAGAAGCUGGUGCUGCAGUUGGCGAAUCAUAUCGCGAACUGCUUAAUGGUAUAUUGCAUAAUUGCACAGCUGAUGAUCGCAUGCAUUUGUCAAGGCGUGUAGCAAAAUGUGUUACCGAUUUAGUAGCAAUGGCACGUUUGCUUAAAGGCUCAGAUUGGAUUGAUCCUGAAGACCCUACAGUUAUAGCUGAGAAUGAACUUCUGGGUGCAGCGGCAUCUAUUGACGCAGCAGCUAAAAAGUUAGCAUCGUUACGACCACGCCGUCAACCGGAUGUGAAGAUUGAACUGGAUGAAAAUAUGAAAUUUGAUGAGAUGAUUUUGGAAGCUGCAAAGGGUAUAAUGGCUGCGUCCUCAGCUUUGGUGCGUGCUGCCAAUGCAGCACAACGUGAGCUAAUUGAUCAGGGCAAAGUAGCACGUCGUCCACUUACUUCUUCCGAUGACGGACAAUGGUCGGAAGGUUUAAUAUCAGCAGCUCGUCUUGUUGCAGCUGCAACACAUAGUUUAGUUGAAGCAGCACAGAAUUUAGUACGCGGAGUUGGCACUGAAGAAAUGUUGAUAUCCACUGCUAAACAAGUCGCUGCAUCGACAGCACAACUCUUGAUUGCUUGUAAAGUUAAGUCUAAUCCUAACUCUGAAGCUGGAAGACGUUUACAGGCGGCUGGUAAUGCUGUUAUCAAGUCAACAGAUAAUCUAGUAAGAGCUGCACAACAGGGUCUGGAAGCUGAAGAAGAGCAUACACUUAAAAUUAACACUUCUAUGGUUGAUGGUAUGGCACAAGAGAUAAAUGCACGUUCAGAUGUUUUGCGUAUGGAAAAACAAUUAGAGGAAGCACGCCAGAAAUUGAUACAUAUACGUCAGGCUCGUUCCAGACAGAAAAAUGUACAAGGUUUUACUACCGAUGAAAGCGAUUCAGAAUAUGCUCAUUCUGCUUAUGGCACGCUGAAUAAAAGUCAAAACAAUACUUUAAAUCGUUCGGGACUCUACAAUCAAUCAGAGUCGCCAGCGUCUCCAAGCUAUUAUAGUCAACAAACUAAACACCACUAUAACUAUGCAAAUAAUCCACAACAUUUUCACCAUCCGAGCGCUGUGUCGCCACCACCACAAAAUCAUCAAUUUGCUGCCACUAAUGGCAGCAGCGAAUUUCCGCCACCACCUCCGCCCCUAUCAACAACCAUAUCUAAUAUGCAAUCAGCCAUUUCCAAUAGUACAUUUAGAACUAAUCCAAAACUAACAGCCAAUGCAGUGCCACGCCCAUAUCCAGGUAGUCCGGUAGCUAACACAAAAGGUUAUGUAAUUGGCACUAAUGGUAAUAGAUUGCCAAAUCCAACAAGUCCAUUAACACCCUCUAAUAAUUAUCAUGAAACUUUUGAAACUGCAACAUCAACAACAAAUUCACAGCAAUUACAAAAAGGUGGUGUAAAUCGUAAUUUGGAAGCUUGUGUACAGGAUCUGCAUGACAAAACCUUUGGCCAAGGUGGUGUUGUACAACUUACCAGCACAAAUACGUACCCUGGUCAGAACUACGAAGGUUAUACAUCAAGAUAUGAAACAAGGAACUAUGAUAAAUCCAGCGACCUUGGAGUGACGCCUUUAGAUUCAAGCUUUUCUCAAAUGUCACUUACUACCGACGGCGGAAAAGUCAGCAUUAUCGAUCAAGGCUCCGAGCGUUUAUCGUCAAUGACACAACGCGUAAUGGAGCGUAAAACAUUUACUACUACGUCAGAAACACGCUCGGAAAAGAAAACUGAAUCGCAUAGUUUUCGUAUGGAAUAACAAAGCAUUUUAACAGUUUAAAUAUAUAUAAAAUUUAUUAAGGAUGUCAGCAUAAUAAGACUUGCUGCUUUCUGUGCUUUAUUAACUAAAACAACCGCCAAUAUAACAUUGCCAAAAUGCUGUCAUAUAUACAUAUAAAACGAUAAUCAAAAUUAAAUCCUCAUAUAUACAAGUUUUAAAAAUUAUAAUUAAUAAUUAAGAAUUCUUUUUUGACAAAUUUACAAUAAUUGUAAUUGAAAAGUAUUUGUAUUGUGCCUCAAUGAUUUGACUUUUGACUUUUGACUUUUAUGUCGGUAUUCUUCCUGUAAUCUUGCUGUAAUCUUUUGGAUAAACGAAAAAAGUUGUCCGUUCUAAACGAACUUGUGUUUAAGUGAGCUGAGCAUACGUUUUCAUGUUUGCCAACUAUUUGCCAAUUACUAAUAUUUAAAAAUUAAAUUUAAUACUUUAAGGUAUACGCCUGAUCUUGUAUAAUUUAUGCAAGUAAUGCUUUAUAUAAAAUUUAUUAAUAAUUA